AUGCAUGAAUCUAAAAAGGUCCAAGAUAAAAUUGAGCAAUAUUUUACUCAUGCUAGACAUAGUAAUGUCAGUCCAAUUUAUGUAUCCCAAAGAUUCUUUGCAGUUCCUAAACCCAUCCGAGAAAAUGUUACCUAUAUUUCAAUACAUAGAGGAGGAGGAUCCUUGUUUGAUCUCAAAAAUAUUCUGAAUCGUUAUACAGAGUAUUCAGAUCAUCUGGUACCAAUUAUAGAUGAUUUAACAAUGAAAAAAGAAUUUAUUGUGAUUGAUACUAGAUGGUCUAAAGAUGAUCCCCUAUCAAUUAGACAUAUGUGGGAUGCACGAACUGAGAUUCUUCCAAAAGAUAGCAAAGCCUUUAAUAUAACUAAAGAAAAACUAGAGCCAAAAAUCAAUAAAAAUUUGGUAAAUAUUGUAGAGACUCGAAUUUCUGAUUCCUCAUCAUCCCAGAGUAAAUUUAGUAUUGCUGGUCAAGAGGCUAUAUCUCAAGCAAAAAAAGAAAAUCGCCUAGUAAAGUUUGCUAGAAAUAUGCCAUCCCCAAAUAAACGCAAAGAAUUAUUAUCAGAAGGUAUCCAAGCCAAAAAUAGUGAUACAUGGGCUAAGUAUAUUAAAAUCAACAUGGCUGGAGUUUCAGUAGCAAUACCUAAUUUUUCAGGCGGUAUGGAUGAGGAUAUAACUACUUUUGUCAGGAGAUUUCAUGGGUUUCUAGAUAGUAUUAAUAUUAAUGUAAGAGAUAAUGCACAAAGAGUUCAAGCUACAGGUCUAUUCCAAAGUGCUUUGUCUGGACCUGCUGGUGAUUGGUAUGAUGAAGAAAUACUCGGAAAAAAUUGGAUGUUAACUGAUAUAUAUGACAAUACUACUGUAAAUACUACAGCAAAUCUUCAAGCUAGAACUAUGGCGCAGAUGAAUACUUCUAAUAGUUUUAGACUGCAUUCUUUGGCACAUGCCUUUGCACAUCGUCCUGGAAAUAAUGCAAUUACAGUAGGGGCUGUAGAGGCUAGAAUGGUCCCACCAAAAGCUUUUGCAGAAGAUUGGACUAAUUCUGGUGGAGUGCUUACAGAUGAUGCACCUAGAUUUGCUGGAAAUAGUGGUGCUGUUCCUAUAAUAUUAGUUGGAAUUCAGCUCGGUCAAGCUAUUUACUACUUUGAAAACUUCUAUCCUUCAGUAUUAGAAGAAAGAUGCAAGGUACUCUUGAUCAAGGUAAUGAUCCGGUUAAAAACUUUCUAUGAAAAAGUUAAAAAAUAUGGCAAACUACUGAAUUUUGGCGAUGAAGUAGUUAAUCAUCAAUUCUUUAGGGGGCUAUCUCCAGACAAUCAACUUGAAGUGGAACGAAUUGGGGCUGAAAAAACUGUAAGUGAAUUAGUUAAAAAUUUAGAAAAAGUUGAAAAACGAAAAUCUGAAAUGAGAUUGGGCCUAUCCAAGAGAACAGGAGGUACUGACCAUCAAGCUCAAAUACAGCCUACAUCAGCAGGAUCACAUAAGCCAAGUCAUUCUGGAUUUUCGCCAGAAGAUGUGGAUAGAAUGAUCAAAAGUGCUACUGAAAAAAUUACACAAAAUUUUCAGUUACAGAUUCAGGAAUUACAAGCAAAAAUUCCAAAAGUUCCAUAUCAAAAAAAUAUUGAGACAGAAAUUCCUACUAAAACAAUAACAGUCCUAGAUCAUUUUAAAAAGCCAGUCCAAACAAAUCUUACUGUUGAGGAAUGGAAUAAAAUGUUUAAUUCUGAUCCAACUGAAUUUCAUGAAGAACAAUUGCGUAAAUCUCAAUAUAUAAAGCCAAUCUCUGACACUAAUAGAAUAGCAAAUAGAAUUGCUGAAAGGCUUGAACAAAGAAGACUUGAUAAGGAAAUUGCAGACCUUUCCAGUGGAAUUUAUUCUCUUAAUAUUAAUGAUCCUGUUCCUGAUCCUAUGGAUACUACUAAUUUGAUUCUAAUGGAAAACAAACCUCCUACUAAGACUAAGGAUGGGAAAAAAGAGUCAAAGAGUAAGGGGAUAUCAAUUGAUACCACAAAUUUGAGAAAAAUUAUUCAUGAAUUAAUUAUAGAGGAAUUGACUCAUUUGGGAUUAACUAAGAAAACUACAAGCAAAGAAAUUCAGAAGUUUAGUGAAGCUUAUUCUGAUGGUUCUAUGGAUAUCGAUCUUUUGCGCUUAGAUAAUAAAAAAGAUUUAGCAUCUGUUGAAGGUGUAGUAGAGGGAAAAUUAAAACUCCCAAUUCUUAUAGAUUCAUGUUGCAAUAAGUCUGUUAUGCCUGAAGAGAUUUAUAAAGAACUUGGAUUAAUACUUGAUACAAAUAAAAUUUGCAAACUUUCUGGAGCAUCAACUAACACUAAAUCAUUAGGUACUGUUAAAAACGUUAAAAUAACUUUGGCACCAGGAUGUACUAUAACAGAUGAUUUUGCUGUAAUUGCAAACUAUCCAUAUCAUGAGCUUAUUUUGAACCGACCUCGUCUUAGAGAAUAUAACUAUGAUUUACUUGAAUCUAGAAAGCAUAUGGCUAUUACUUGUAAUGGAAAGGACUUCUUUAUCCCUAUAAUUCCAGCAAGAGAUGAGCACAAAAAAAUGAAUUCACCAGUUUUGGAAGCAUUAAAUCAUUAG